AUGUUAACCACUACUUACUUUCCUGGCGUCCAUAUACGGGGGUGGGGAGUUUUCUGUUGUUUAUACAAGCGCAUGCGUGUAGCAGUCUAUCGGCGUUAUGUAUCUCGUCUGGAGGCAAGCAAUACAGAAUGCAGCCCGUAUUACUUGUUGCAAGUCAAAUUCCCCGUCGUUGUCGUCUGUGAAAAAAAUUACGAGCCUUUUUCUUUCUUUUUGUCAGUUUUUCUAUCUAUCUAUCUAUCUAUCUAUCUAUCUAUCUAUCUAUCUAUCUAUCUAUCUAUCUAUCUAUCUCAGUCUUUUCCUUCCUUCCUUCCUUCCUUCCUUCCUAUCUAUCUAUCUAUCUAUCUAUCUAUCUAUCUAUCUAUCUAUCUAUCAUUUCAACCAGCAGAUCAUAUUUCUAAACAACAUCGCAUUUCCUAUGUGGGCCACGACACACCAGUUGCAUUUUCACACGUCUGCCGUCACCAAAACAUAGGCACCCCCCUCCCGACAACCCAUUUCUCCCUUUUCACUGGUGAGUGUCACUCACGGAACGCGUUCAGUGCUGAUUCUGAGGACGUCGAAAAUUUUCUCUUCCUAUCUAUCUAUCUAUCUAUCUAUCUAUCUAUCUAUCUAUCUAUCUAUAUUUCUGAGAUGAGAUCUGAUGAGGACAAAAGUCCGAAUAAUGUAAAUAAUAUCUAUCUAUCUAUCUAUCUAUCUAUCUAUCUAUCUAUCUAUCUAUCUAUCUAUCUAUUUUAA